AUGAAGUCGUUAGGGAGGAACCAUUCCCAAAAGCCGCCCGUGGCGCUGGCGUUCAGGAGUAGCAAGAAGCUUAUCCUCACCUCGAUCUGCGUUGCCAUCUUCACCGAUUUGUUUCUAUAUGGAGUCAUCGUGCCUGUGAUACCUUCUGCUAUUCAUGAUAGGGCAGUGCAACGAUGGGUAUCAAUCUUGCUCGCCGUAUAUGGAGCAGCUGUUCUUGUCGCAUCUCCGUUCACUGGGUGGUUAGCUGAUCACACUUCCUCCCGGCGUGUCCCCUUUCUCAUUGGGCUCUUCGCCCUCGCGGCCAGCACUGCGAUCCUGAUGGCCGCGUCGCACAUCGGCAUGUUCAUCGCCGGGCGCAUAUGUCAAGGUGUUUCCGCCGCCGUCGUAUGGUCGGUGGGCCUCGCGCUCCUCGUAGACACGGCUGACCAGGAUGAGACUGGUCAGAUGCUGGGAACCACCGGCAUUUCGAUGGGGCUCGGGUUGCUCCUCGCGCCUCUGCUAGGUGGCAUCGUAUUCAGUCGAGCAGGAUACUACGCUGUGUUUGGCAUGUGCUUUGGCCUUCUCGCCAUAGACAUCGUGCUGCGACUGGUCAUGAUUGAGAAGCAAGUGGCUGCGAAGUGGAUCAAAGAGGACGAUCAUCCCGAGGUGACACAACAACAGAAGCCGGAAGGAACCAACUCCCCCGAUGAAGAGAGAGCAGACGUUGGGAAUACUGAGUCUAGCGUACGCCAGGUCAUCAGCCAUACUCGUUCGACCGUAAGCACGACGGGAGGAGCUGCGGAAAGAAGCCAAGCCUUCCUAGUCUUACUCUCAUCUCCUCGAGUUUUGGCGACUCUGUGGGCUGCCCUUGCCGUGUCGAUUCUCCUCACCGCGUUCGACGCUGUUCUUCCGAUAUUUGUCACAACCACUUUCCAUUGGGACAGUCUGGGGGCUGGAUUGAUCUUUCUUCCGAUCGCAAUUCCAUCCUUCCUCGAACCAAUAGCAGGCUGGCUUGCCGACCGGUAUGGUUCCCGCUGGCUAGCCACUGGCGGAUUCGUCUGCACAGUCCCUCUCCUUGUCCUCUUGCGUUUCGUCACGCAUGACUCCACCUCUCAGAUCGUGGUGUUGUGUGUCUUGCUUGUUGGCAUUGGGUUGGUCGUGAAUGGCAUCAUGACUCCUGUUUUGGUCGAGUUAACGUUUGCCCUCCGAGACAUAGAGCGCGACAGGCCUGGUUUGUUUGGCAAAAAAGGUGCAUACGCGCAGACCUACAGUCUGUUCAACGUUGCUUUCGCGGGAGGUUGCCUCUUAGGGCCCAUAAUUGCGGGCCUGAUAAGGGAUGCCAGCGACUGGCCGACCAUGACCUGGAGUUUAUCAAUCAUAGCAGCAUUUGCCAGCAUUACUACCGCGCUCUGGCUCGGUCCGCCUGGCUCCGGACCCAGGUUGUGGCCAGAGUAG